GCUGCGCGUGCGCGUGUAGCUUAGCAGCAGCUAGCUCGUUCACGUCUUUGACGGCGACGGAGGCGACGAUGGAAAUAGACUCGCUCCAAGAGGCGCUCAGAGAUUUUGACAAAAAAGCCAAGCAGGAGCCGGUGUCUCUCCUGGAGCAGUUUCUAUGCCAUGUUGCCAAGACUGGACAGACCAUGGUUCAAUGGUCUCAAUUCAAGAACUAUUUUCUGUUUAAACUGGAGACGGUGAUGGAUGAUUUUAGAGCCUCGGCUCCUGAGCAAAGAGGUCCUGCAAAUCCUAAUGUGGAGUCAAUCCCAUUUGAAGAUAUGAAGGAGAGAAUCUUGAAGAUUGUGAGGGGAUACAACGGAAUCCCGUUCACAAUCCAGCGCUUGUGUGAGCUGGUCACAGAACCCAAAAGGAACUACACAGGAACAGACAAGUUUCUUCGGGGAGUAGAGAAGAAUGUAAUGGUGGUGAGCUGUGUCCAUCCAACCUCAGAGAAAAAUGGAUGCACUGCUGUCAGUAGGAUGAACGGUGUGAUGCUACCAGGGAACGCGUCUGCUUUUACAGAGAGGAAAGUCAACGGUCCAGGAACUCCCCGACCGCUGAACAGGCCAAAGCUGUCUCUGGCCAAUUCGCUAGCAGCUAACGGUCUGCCUGACAGCACCGACAACAAAGACCUCAGCCCGGAGCAGGACGACGACGACGACGAUGAUGACGACGAAAAAGUCACCAGCGAGGUCUCGCCCUCGGAAGGCUCCCCGGAGAGUGCGGUGAAAAACAAACACUCGGACGAAGAGGAGGACAUGGAAGCGGAACACCAAGAGGUGAAGAGACUUAAGUUCAGCAAAGACGAGGAGGACGAGGAUGAAGAGGAGGAGCAGGAGGUGGACCCGCUCAGACCGUCGCACAGCAGCUGUCAGUCGAAAGAAGCAGAAGCCAUGGUUCAAGAGGACGACGAGGAGGAGAAGGACAAGGAGAAUGAAGCCUCCAGCGCUGCCGCCACCACUGAAGAUCAAGAGCCGUGCAGCAGCACGCAUGCCGACAUGUGUUCGGGCUCGGGUCAGGAGGCCGAGCUGGCUGAGAGGGAGGUCCCGUGCGGCUCGGAGGAGGAGGGCAGCGACAUGGAUCAGACGGAGCAGCAGGCACCGGCAGGCGUCCUGCAGAGUCCUGAAACCAGCAGGGACAGCGAGGAGAGCAGCGGCGACCCGGUCAGCAGCAGCAGCGGCAGCGGGGAUGGUGGCGACGGCGCCAGCGGCAGCAGCUGUAGUAUAGACGAGGGAACGGAGGCGACCGGAGAGGACGUGACUGUCGCCCCCUCCAGCAGUACGACUGAGCCUCCCACAGAGGGCGCCAUGGGAAGUGCCAUCUCAAACACUGGGACCACUGAAGAGCCCAUGGAGCAGGACUAGGCCCCGGGCCCCGGGCCCGCCCUGCUGCCACAUGUGACCAGAAACCAGCUUGUCCUUGAAUCCAGCCUUACCGUCACUGGCAAUGAGGACAACGGCCCCUCGUACACAAGAUGAACACCGUGUCCCACUUUUGGACACUCCUCCAAAAUGGCUACCUGGCUUUGACAUAGGCAAACAAAAAUCCUUUGAUUUCUUUCCUUUUUUACUGGAAUAUUUUACUGGUCUUCUGAUUUUAGGUUCCUGUUUUGUCAUGAUUGGUUUCAGCAGCCUUGAAGCUGAGCUCUUGUCUUUUUGAAUCUUUUGCAUUCGGAGGCGUCAUUUGAAUAUUGCAGUGGUUUGGUUCACUUCUCUCCCCACCCCCUCCUUCCUCUUGGGCAUGUGAUACGACGGGUACCCUUUAAUCCCGCCGUAUCAAACUACCUGUUGCAACACAGAACUGACACGUCUUCAUUUUUUACAACCUUUCUCAGCAGAAAUCGAAGCGUCUUUUCGUCCCGACUUGGUCCUGUAAAGCAUUCUCUUGUUUCCAGGUCGUCAGAGAUCCGAAUCCCACUCAGCCGUUCAGCUGAUGCUUUCUUUUAAAUUUGACAUCUCCAUUAUUGACAUGCGGGAUUGUUUUUAUUUUCUCUUUUUUUAAUUUCCUGGUGUCCUGUUAUUUUAACCACAUUUUUUGCAAUAAUACACUACCAGCCCCACUGGACUAUACUAUGACAUGCUACCUUGUAGAAGUGUCCUCCUGUGAAAUUAUAUAUUUUAGAUUCAUAAAAAAAAAACCAACAUAAUUUAUGAUUAUUUCAAUUUAAGUGACUUGUUUUGGAUGUUUUGUUUUUGUCUCAGCUGUAGUUUCCAGAAGCAGCUGCGCGUACAAAGAUGACUGCUUUCUUUGUAUUGUGAUGUCACUCUUUGGUUUCUGGACCGACUAUCUCGAGCAGUUUCUGGUUCCAGUUCUACACCUGUUUCUGUAGCUGUACCUUUUGAUAUUUAGAAUUUUAAAUUUCUGUAAAGUAGAUUUUUGUAGAUUGUAAUACAGUAUGUGUUCACUGCCUUUGUGAAACCAUAUAUAAUUGUAUAAUUUCUGUGUAUACUCUGAAUGCUUUUGUUUUCAAAUGCGGUAUUCAGAAACGGCAAUAAAUGUUAACAUUUU